AUGGCCGUGACAACUCAGCUAACAUGGAAGCAAGAAAAGUAUCUACAAAAUUAUUUUGACGGAAGGCAAUUCAGUCUCCUUUAUAAAGCUAGUGUCCAUGGAUUCAAUGAAAGUAGCUUGCUUCAGAAAUGCUAUGAUCAAGGACCUACUAUAACAGUGUUUUAUUUUCAUGACUCUGUUUUUGGAGCCUAUAUUCAAGAGAGUUACCAGAAAAUUAAUAGAGGUUCUGUUAUCCUUUUUAUGUUUCAAAAGACUAUUAUUUCAAUAUUUGAAGAACUACUAUUUAAAAGAUUCACUAAGAAAAACAGCAUCAAGAGAAAAGAUAUUGUUGCCAGUGGAAGACUACAGGAAGACGAUAAAUAUUCUUUUCAGGACUGUGAGGUUUUUCGAUGUGAAGAUUUAUUGGAUGGAAGAAAAAUCAAUGGUCUAACUGAGUUCAAGAAGAAUUUAUUGUAUGACAUAGAAACAUACAACCCAUGUGGAGGUUUGGUUUGCCCAGCACGAAUUCUGUUUCUGGGACCAAGUAGAACUGGGAAGUCUAGUUUUAUCAAUUCAGUGAAGUCUGUUUUCCGAGGGCGUGUAACUAACCAGGCUGUAAUGAGUCUUUCUGCAAACCAGGUGAGUGCAUUCUCAGAAUUUAGAACAUAUUCUGUAAAGAAUGGGAAAGAUGGAUCUCACCUACCAUUUAUUCUGUGUGAUUCAUUGGGGCUGAGAGAGAAAGAGGAGGGAUUAUGCAUAGAUGACAUAUUCUAUAUCUUAAAAGGCCACGUUCCUGACAGAUACGAGUUUAAUUCCACAAAAUCAAUCACACUGGAUCAUCUUAAUUACAUUGACUCCCCAUUACUGAAAGAUAGGAUUCACUGUGUGGUAUUUUUAUUGGAUUGCAACUCCAUUAACAAACUUUCUCAUAGUAUGGUGACAAAGAUACAACAAUUUCGAAGGGAGGUGAUAAAGUAUGGUGUGGUACAAAUGGUUUUGCUCACUCACGUGGAUGAGCUGGAACUGAUUACGAAAGCUGAUCUUCUAGAUCCAUACAGAUGUAUGCCUGUGAAGCUCAAGCUAGAGGAAGUCCACAAAGUGCUUGGAUUUCCUCUUUCAAACAUCUUGGUGGUUAGCAAUUACACUUUCGAGUGGGAGUUGGACCUUAUAAAGGAUGUUAUGAUCCUCUCUGCUCUGAAGCAAAUGUUAUCAGCUACAGAUGGCUUAGAGGAUUUGUCUCCUGAGGAGAAAACAAGUAGACACAACUGA